AUGUCGAGGGAAGGUGGAAGAGCAUCGUGGAAUUCUGCAUUAGAAAAAGGACUUAUCGAUAUACUUCAUGACCAUAAUUUACCAAGAUUCAGGGCUCAAAAUGCUUGGAAUACCGAAGGAUGGAGAAGUAUCACCUCCAAGUUCAAUGAAAAGUUUCCACACAUUUAUUUCACGAAACAACAGAUCCAAGAAAAGGAGAAGGAACUCAAGGGGAACUACAAAGUUAUAAAAAAUGCACAAAGUGGAGUUGGAUGGAAUGAUUCACUUUGUAUGAUUGUUGCUGAACCAGCUAUUUGGGAUAGGAUACUUCAGGCUCAUCCAAAGGUCAAGAAGUUUCGCUCCAAACCAUUCCCACUUUUCAAUCAAUUGGCCUUACUGUAUGAAGGAAGUGUUGCAACAGGUGAUUUAUGUUUUACAUCAACUCAAGAAAUAUCUUAUUCAAGUGAUCAAAAUAUGGGAAUGACACAUGAGGUUUUAAGUCUAGAUGGGUUGACAAACCCAUUUUCAAACAUGGGUGCGCCGGAGACUUCAAGUACAAACAUGGCAAAGGAGGCACAAGAGAGCUCAACACCAAACAAAGAAAAAGAAGUUGAUGUUGGAAAGAAGCGCAAGCAUAAUCAAGUAGCAUUGGUACUCGAGGACUACUUGGAAUUCAAAAAAGAGCAAGCAAAAAGGGUAGUGGGUAAAAUAGUGGAGGCAUCAAGGCAUGAAAUUGACACUUCUAUCUCCAAGUGUAUUGCUACGAUUGAAUCGAUCCAAGAGUUAACAGAUGAAGAAAAAGCAAAAGCUCUUGGACUCUUUAGAUGUCCACUCAAUAGGGAAAUAUUUAUGAACACAAGCAUCCCUAGCGUGCGCCUGAUAUGGCUAAAGAGCCAAAUUGCUGGAUAGAAGCUUCAGCAAGAGAUUUCCUGAUCGUGUCAUAAGCUGGCAGUGCAUGAAAGAAUAUAUGAAUUUGCAUUGUCUAGAGUAAUAAAGUAUCCUAAAAGCAUUAGUGGAGGUACAAAUUUGAUUAUGGUGUUUUGAAGAUGCUCAAUUUUUUUGUUAGUGUCUUCAAUUCUCACUGGUAACUCUUCAUUUUAAUAUAUUUCUUGUCCAUGGUGUGUUCUAAGGAUAUCAUUUGAUAUGAUAUGUCAUGUAGAGGUUGUUCUUUUCAAUACUGCAUGGAUCUAAGUCUUGGCCUGGAACUAUACAGAUUAUCAUCAUUAUUUUUUAGACAGAGUAGUGUUGUUCUGAUGCUGUUGCUGAUCUAAUGAUGUUGCUGAUCCGAUCUGAUGCUGUUUCUAAUCUGAUGAUGUUGCUGUUCAGAUUAUCGUCAUUAACAUUUAAGAGGCCUGUUGUUGAUCUGAUACCGUUGCUAAUAUAAAAAACUUACCUUCCUUCCUCGUCCUCUUUUGUUUCAGUUCACUUUUUGUUAAAUAUUGGGGGAUAUAAACAGAACAGUAAUCCCAUGUUAUUAUCGAAUGGUUC